AUGGCGAGAAAGAGACUCAGAGGGGCAGAUGUGAAUGCUCAAGUCCGAGGUGGCCACUAUGGUAACGCUGUUCAGACAGCUUCAGCAGGUGACCAUGGCGAUAUCGUCAAGUUACUUAUCGAAUAUGGUGCUGAUGUCAACGCUCAAGGUGGCUAUUUUGGUAACGCUGUUCAGGUAGCUUCAGAACGUGGCCAUGGCGAUAUCGUCAAGCUACUUAUCGAACAUGGUGCUGAUGUCAACGCUCAAGGUGGCCGCUAUGGUAACGCUCUUCUGGCAGCUUCAGCAGGUGACCAUGGCGAUAUCGUCAAGUUACUUAUUGAACAUGGUGCUGAUGUCAACGCUCAAGGUGGCUACUAUAGUAACGCUGUUCAUGCAGCUUUAUUACAUGGCUAUGGUGAUAUCGUCAAGCUACUUCUCGAACAUGGUGCUGAUGCUAACGCUCAAGAUGGGAACUAUAAAAGCGCUAUUCAGGUAGCUUCAGCACGUGGCUAUGGUGAUAUCGUCAAGCUACUUAUCGAACAUGGUGCUGAUGUCAACCCUCGAGGUGGCCACUAUGAAAACGCUGUUCAUAUAGCUUUAAAAUGUGGCCAUAACGAUAUCGUCAAGCUACUUAUCGAACAUGGUGCUGAUGUCAACGCUCAAGGUGGCCGCUAUGGUAACAUUGUUCAGACAGCUUCAGAACGUGGCCAUGGCGAUAUCGUCAAGCUACUUAUCGAACAUGGUGCUGAUGUCAACGCUCAAGGUGGCUAUUUUGGUAACGCUAUUCAGAUAGCUUCAGAACGUGGCCAUGGCGAUAUCGUCAAGCUACUUAUUAAACAUGGUGCUGAUGUCAACGCUCAAGGCGGCCACUAUAGUAGCGCUCUUCAGGCAGCUUCAACAUAUGGUCAUGGCGAUAUCGUCAAGUUACUUAUCGACCAUGGUGCUGAUGUCAACGUUCAAGGUGGCCACUAUAAAAGCGCUAUUCAGGGAGCUUCAGCACGUGGCUAUAGUGAUAUCGUCAAGCUACUUAUCGAACAUGGUGCUGAUGUCAACGCUCAAGGCGGCCACUAUGGUAACGCUCUUCAGGCAGCUUCAGCAGGUGGUCAUGGCGAUAUCGUCAAGUUACUUAUCGACCAUGGUGCUGAUGUCAAUGCUCAAGGCGGCUACUAUGGUAACGCUCUUCAGGCAGCUUCAGCAUGUGGUCGUGGCGAUAUCGUCAAGCUACUUAUUAAACAUGGUGCUGAUGUCAACGCUCAAGGCGGCCACUAUAGUAGCGCUCUUCAGGAAGCUUCAGCAGGUGGUCAUGGCGAUAUCGUCAAGUUACUUAUCGACCAUGGUGCUGAUGUCAAUGCUCAAGGUGGCGUAUAUGGUAACGCUCUUCAGGCAGCUUCAGCAUGUGGUCAUGGCAAUAUUGUCAAGCUACUUCUCAAAUAUGGUGCUGAUGUCAAGGCUUAA